AAUGAAGUUGAUGAUAUUUUUGCCUCUUGUGUUACUGUAGUGUAGAUCGAUCCCCGAGUUGGAGAAGGCUGAAUGCGGGACCGCCGGGCACUUUUACGAGCCUCCUUCUCUCAGCUGCCUGCCCAUGACAACUCAGCUCGUACUCUGACCCAGGGACUGACGUACGAUGAGUCUCUUCUUCUUCAUCCAUUCCCCCGUCCGGUUGAAGCCUGGAUAAUCCAGCAUGGAAGGCCAAAACACUCCAUUCCGUGUCAAACUCCCAUCUAGACCCGAGCAACGCGCCUACCAUGCCCGUCGGGCUCAUCGCAAGUCGCGCGAGGGCUGUGCAAAGUGCAAGCAGCGACGAGUCAAGUGCGAUGAAACGCGACCCCGCUGCCAGAAAUGCGAGCGACUCGGCCUCGACUGCACUUACGAAGCGAUCCUCCCUGCAGGCUGCGGGAAAAUAAAGAAGCGAGACAACAAUGAUGCUCUUAUUGCACAAUUCCUCGAUCGAGUUCCCGUAAUUUCACCUGACAGCACGGCGCAGUCUCUCGCCAUCCGUGCAGUUGCGCUGCAGGUCGAUAAAGUACUGGAGCUCAAGCAAGUCAAGUUCAAGGAGUGCUUGAGUAAUUUGGAUACGUUGCGCCAUUUUCAGGAUACGAUUACGCCGACAAUUAUCAGUAAUUCGGGGAGGGAGGUUAUGCGAGGGAAGAUGAUUCGGUUGGCGUUGCAGUCGCCGUAUCUGAUGCAUAGUAUUAUUGCUGUUGCAGUUGCGCACCUCCGCAAUGUCCUCCCAAAGAGCAGUACAAGUCUAGAUAAAUACAGCGUGCUUGAAGCGCAUCACUGGCAGCGCGCGAUCAGACAGUACAGCACGGAGCUUCAAGGCCCCAUCGGCCCUGAAAACAUGGACGCGAUGUUCUCCGCCUGUCUCCUAAUGACUGUGAACUCCUUCACAAUGGAGGAGUAUAACCCGCGCAAAUCGUUCGUGUUCUCGCCGAACCCUGCAGAAUCACUGAACUGGCUAUUUCUCCAGUCCGGCUUACGCCAUUUACUUGGCCGUUCCAAGUCCUGGCUACGCAAAAGUAUGUGGUUCGAUAUGUUCAUGGAGUCCAGAGAUGAGCUCUUUGAAGAUACCCGCCCUGGAAGAGUGGGUCUACACCCCGAGCUUGCAGACCUAUGUGGCAUAACUGAAUCCUCAACGGAAGAGAACAACCCAUAUCUUUGGCCGCUACGAAUGUUAUCGGCGAUCAUGAGGCUCGAGCCGUCGGCGAAGAAUUUCCCACGGAUAACGACAUUCAUGGGACGCCUUCUACCCCCUUACUAUGAACGCUUGAUCGCAAAAGACCCGCCUGCGUUGAUAAUUCUGAGCUGGUGGUUGGUGCUCAUGCAGAAAGUCAACUUGUGGUGGGUGCAGAACCGCGCCAGGUCUGAAUGUACUGCUAUCUGCAUGUAUCUAGAAGACAGUUGCGAUCCGCUCGUCUUGCAGCUCUUAGAGUUCCCUGCUGAAGCGUGUGGGUAUCUCCUCCCGCAUGUUCAGUUGGAACUCCCACUUGGUCGAGCUAACGACAAUGAUACUAGUGAGAAGCCCUCGGCAGAUUGGAUCCCCGAUAAGCUGUCACUUUCUCACACUAUGACGCUGAGACCUGGCGAAGUUCAUAAAGUCCGUCAGUAUGCGACUCCGUUGGGAAGUCGCGCUGAAGGAAGUCACAGCCAUGAGCCUCCAGCCUAG